AUGCCUUUUCAUAUAGUUUUACUGAUACACUUCUUCAAUUUUUAUUUAAAAGAGGAAAUUGAUGGAGCUGCAUUAGCAAGAUUGCCAUACGAUGAAGUACGUACAUUAUUUCCAAAAUUAAAAGAUCGAGUAUUAUUCACUGAACAAGGUGAUUUAUUGAUCAAACAAUGUAAUAAUAUUGUAAAUGAACAAUUAGAUGAUGGAGAUAUUCUGAAUCAAUCUAGCAAACAAACAUUUGAUACUUGCACGGCAUCACAAUCAACAACUUCAACACAAGAUUUACUAAAUAAUCCAUCAUUAUCUAGUAACAAUAUGAAUGGUGACGAAUUUGAUGCAGCAUCAGAUAUCGAUGAUAAGGUUAAUCAUGAUGAAACUGAUGAUUCAGAAGAACCUCAACAGAAUUUGCCAACUAGGGAUGUGCAGUGUCAAUAUCCUAAAGGAAAUGAUUAUUUUUUAAUUACACAAGCUUUGCUCAAAGCAUUAAAUAUUUCAACAACGGAUGCAAAUGCAACUAAUGAAUGGCGAGAAGCAGUAAAACAAAAGUUCAAAAAUGAACGUCGACUUUUACAAAACACAUCUGCAGUAGCCCAGAGAAAAAAAGAAAAAUUUGGAAAAGGUUCUGGACGCUUUGUAAAAAAAAGGGAAGCACUAUCUGCUGAACGAAAAUCUGAUAAAAUGAUUUAUGUUAGUACUAUUAUGGAUGAAAGUGAUGUUGAACAAUUAAUCAAAACUAUGAACGAAGGUAUUGAAAAUGAAACAAUACAUAACGACGAAUUAAUUACAUUAUGGAAGAAAACGUUUGGUUAUCGUCGGUCAUUCAUUCGUUCACACACAAUUAAUGAAAUACCAGAGAAAUUUCCUGAUUAUUCAUAUACACAUUUCAUGUUUGAAGAAGUCAAAAUGAUCGAAAACAUUGAUAUUGAACAGAAUGUAAAUGAAAUAUUACCACGUUUAUUUGAUAAAUUGCCGAAUAAUUCAUUAUUUGUUAUGGGUGAGGAAGAUGUAAAAAGUUGA